GAGCAAACCAAGUUUCUUGCACUGUUUGUUGCUGGCGCUGGCGCUUGCUAUUCAGGCAAGCUGGGGAGGACGACUUCUGUGCAAGCACUGCUGAGGUCUGCAAGCUGCUGAGCUUAUCUAUUGACGUAUUUAACGCCUUGCUUCGAGAAAGUUUUCAGGUCCUUUGUGAUACAUUAGUCGAGUCUUGCAAACCCUUGAAACAAGAGACUUUCAAUCACUUGGCAAAAUGGCCGCGAAUACAGAGUCAAAGCAUACUUCCAUAGCCAUUCCUGACCCGGAGCCUCUUGAUAGACAGGCAGAUGUCCCAGCAUCCCCGAGCCCCUCAAGUGGAUCAGAGGAUCCGCUGCACCCCUUCGGCCACAAGCAUUACAGUCAGAGGGCGCCAUGGCUGCGAGCAGCGGUGCUGGGGGCGAAUGAUGGACUGACAUCGGUUGCAUCAAUCCUGAUUGGUGUGGGAGCUGUCAAGUCUGAUGUCAAGGCCAUGCUGAUCUCUGGACUCGCAGCUCUGAUUGCUGGGGCAUUGUCAAUGGCAGCAGGCGAAUACGUCUCAGUCUCCUCCCAAAAGGACACUGAGAAGGCAGACCUCAGGGCAGAGAUUGAGGAGCACAGCAAGGGUCCAGAGUACGUCCAUAAGGAGAAGCUGGAGCUUGCUCAGAUAUAUGAGGACAGGGGCCUAUCAAAAGCUUUAGCAUGGCAGGUAGCAGAAGAGCUGUCUGCCCAGGACCCCAUCCGCGCCCACGCCCGCGACGAGCUGGGCAUCGACAUGGACGACUUGUCCAAGCCGUGGCAGGCGUGCAUCACGUCAGCGCUGGCCUUUGCGGUCGGUGCCGCCAUCCCCCUGCUGUCUGCCGCCUUCAUCACCGAUUACAUCACCAGGGUCAUUGUGCUCAUCAUCGCCUCUACUUUUGGCUUCAUCGCGAUUGGGGCGACGGGCGCGUGGCUUGGGGGCGCGCCCCUGUUCAGAGCAUCGCUGAGAGUCACAAUAGGCGGUUGGUUCGCCAUGGCAGUCACCUUUGGGAUCCUCUACGGGUUUGGGAAGGCGCUGAACGAGAACACACACACUCUAUAGCAACACCUGCAGUCUGCUUAUCGUGAUUCGUAAGUUGCAAAACGUGUGCAAAAAGGGCCCUUGUGUGCAUAGGCUUUGCAAUUGCGGGCAAGUACAAGCAUUCUUUACAAGUAGCUAGACACAGGUGCAUAUUAGCCAUCAGGCAGGUCGCCAUAAGGCAGACCGGCGUAUGCCAUUUUUGGGCCUUCAUUGAGCAAGCGUGUUCAUGUUUGCUCAGGUACUUGUGAGCUGUGUUAUGGAUUGCUGAGAAGCUUGUACGGUUUUUAAGCUGAGCGCAGUCGCGCUUCAUGAUUCCAGACGAU